AUGAGAAAAUCUCAUCAAAAUAUUGCUGCAGUGGAUGCUGCUAGCAAUGCAGACUCCCUUGAGAUUACCAGAAAAUUGUACAGAUUAAUUUUUAAUGAUCCAAUUGGCCAUGCACGAAAAAUCGAGGAGCUUUUGUGGCGUCGUGCAUUCUACGAUGUCGUGUCGACAGCUAAAAAAUUACGAAAGGGAAAUGUUUGGAAUGAUGUGGAAAAAGCUUUGUUAUCAACGCAUCUAUCAGUUGGUGUGGGAUUUUAUCAUCAUUUGAUCCUGAAGCUUCAAUUAGACUUAAUCUGCUUGGGUGACUUAGCGCGUUACAAAUUGGAUUUAGAUCCCACUUGGGAUCCAAUGAUAGCCUCUCGAUACUACAAAAUGGCAAUAACAAUAGACCCGAACAUCGGAAUGCCUCACAAUCAAUUAGGAACAGUAGCAGGAAUAAAAAAUUACGGCGUCGACGCUGUGUAUCAUUACAUGCGUUGUAUUUUAUGUUCAGAAUCAUUCGAAGGCGCUGAAGGUAACCUCAAGCGUAUUAUAUCAUCGCACCUGUUCACUGAAAAAGAAAAAUUACCUUCACAAAGAUGCGCUGCUCGUCUUUUUACUCUUUUGCAAAAGUGGAACAACGGGACACCUGUUAAUACAGAUAAAAUUAAUGAAGAUUGUCAAAACUUGCUGUAUGAUAUCCAGACUUGUAUGACUGCUGACAAAUUAAACCCUCAAAAAAAUAAUCUUAAUUCCAACACUUCUGAAAAUACUCCCGAAAAUAAUGACAGUGACAACUUACCUCGGACAAUUGAAGAGUACUUACAAAAUUGCAAAUCUGAACAACCUUCACCCAACCUAAGCUUCGAAGUUAUCUUCAAAAUGGUCUCUAUUUGUUUGAUGUCAAUAUCAAAAUUACAAUUAAGAAAUUCUUCACAAGUCCACGGAGUAAUUGCAUUUGUUUUAUCAUUACUCUCACAGUUGCUACAAGUUGUAAUAGAUAAUUUGCAAAAAUCAAUUGUUGAGUGUCUUCCGAAUGGAGUGUUGGUUAAAGAAGAACAAAUUUAUGUUGAAGAAAAGCUAAUUGUUGAGUCAGAAAAUUCUGAAGAAAUUAACAAUGAUCUGGACGUUAAUGACAAUACUAAAAAUCUUGCUAAUGGACAUUUAAUUAAUGGAAGUGUUAAAGAUAAAAUUAAAGCUAAAGGCAAAGUUAGAAAGAGUUUGUUAAGUAAAUUUCGUCGUCGCAAGCGCAUUAAUUCUUCUGAUUCUGAUAACAGCGACUUGGAAAUUCCGCACUCGGAUGAUUCAAGUGAUGAUUUUAAUUCUGAUAUUUCAGAAAAUGAGGAAGAUUGUGUUCAUUCAGAUGCUGAUGAUCUUACUGAAGAUGAAGUUGAAGUUGAAGAAAAUGUUGGUUUAGCCAAUGGUGCUAUUUUUGAUGUUCCAGAGGUUAAUUCAGUAAAAGAAGAAGAAAUUAAAUCAGAUUCUAAUGAAAUUCCUUCAGAAAAUGGAACAAUUAAUUAUUUAUUUCAAAAAAAACACGUGGAUUUAAAUAACUACUUCAACUUGUUAGCAAAAGAAGGAUUGUUUUACUCGAUAAAAAUGUGCUUUGAUUGGCUAAAAAGCAACCCGGAGAUUAUUAAGUCAAUUUGUAAUAGCUUAUUAUUAGAACGUGUGGCUACUUUUAUUAAUUUGAUAAAUAUUGACAAAUAUUAUGAUGUUCUUUUUGAGAAAUGGGAAAAAGAUCGCGAGGUUAGUUUGAAGGCUGAUAAAUUGCAGGAGUAUUGUAAAACAGUGCCACUUCCGGAAGAUAUUGAUUUACGCGGAUUAAAUGUUCUGGAAAAUGCUCACAAAGAUAUUGAUUGGCAGAUACUGAGGAAGUUGAUGAUCAGUAAAAAUGAAGAGGUACUUUUGAGAAUCGUCAAGCUGGUUGAUUUUGGAAAUUUUCUGAGUAAUAUUGAGGGCUCUGGUUUUAUGUACAAUGAGGAGGAUAAUUUGUUUGCGGUUGCUCAGGCGGAUAAAGAGAAACAAAUAGAUUUGAUUAAGAAAGAGGAGGAAGGAACGGAACAGGAAGAUCGCGUUAAAAAUGAUAAUGAAAUAAAUUCAGAGCACCCAAGGGGAAAAUUAAUGCGUCAUAUGGGUAAAUUGUGGUUGAAAGCUGAGGUACGAGCGUUAGAAACUCGGCUGAGGUCUAAAUUAAUGUCACCGUACCUGGUUGUCGAUCAUGAAGCUCUUACUAAACACACUCCAACGCUCAAGCCACGUGAAGCAACAAGGUGGUUGGAGAAUCAAUUGCAAAAAGGAUCACGUUUCUUGCGAGCUCAGAGACCACAAGAACGUCUUGCGCUUCCGUUGAUUAAGGGACCUAGACCUAAGGAUAAAGAGGCCUGGCUUUUCUUCCAGAUUAUCGAGUGUUGUCAUUACCUUACUCAGCAAAAUAAAGUCGGUCUUAGUAGCGAUAAUGAAGCGCCUGUUGUUACUUUGUUGACUGGUAUCAGUACCGAGGAGAGAAAAUUGUCUAAUUUUUGUCCAGAUGGUCUAGCAAAAAGUGCAGGUGUUAAUUUUGAACACAUUGAAUCAUUUCACACCAAAUGGAAAACAUCAAGCAAAAGUCACGGUUGA